AUGGUGCACUGCGGCUCGCUCCCCGAGGCAGAGGCCGCCAAGUGCUUUGCCGACCACGAGCCCAACCCGGCUCCAUCCAAGCCAUGGCGCUGCCCUGCCAAUUACUGCACUGCAAAGAACUCGGAUUCCGAAGAGUGCCGAGGGACCGACUUUCAGUGCAAGACUCCCAGAGAAAAGCUUUACAACACGGAAGCCGAAUGCUUUGCGGAUCACCAGCCGAAGGAAGAGUGCGGUGGUCUCCUCAGCUAUUACAUUACUGGCACCGGUUUCGACUGCGGAUUCAACGCCGAUCAAGAUGAGCCUUGUAACGGGACGCACACCUUCUGUACCGCAGCCGGGUUGUAUAAAAAGAAGGGUUACAAGAACUCCGCGGAAUGUUUCGCCGCCCGCCACCCAGCCCCAGGCCCUACUACCACGGUAUCUCAGUGA